AAAAUAAUAAGAUAUACGAAACGAUUUUGCAAAACGUUCUUACGUAACUCGCCUCACGGCUGGUCUUCGAUUAAUGUUAAUGAUUACUAUUCUAUGAAAAUACGAGGAAAUUCAAUACUACGAAUACUUAUUAUUUCUUUCUAUUUACUUUUUCCAUUUAUUUUUAUCUUUACUAUUAUAAAAAUAAUUACUCAGCUUUCAAGCAGCCUUUACAUAGGAAAAAAACUCAGCAAAGACGUAGAGGGGAUAUGCAUAUUAUUUAAAAAGCAAGCGCAUCAGACAGAAUUUUUAUUGUAUUCACCGUCUUUACCGAAGGAUAUCCACAUGCUUCGAUUUCUUUCCACUUGUUCACAGUGCCGCAUUUGCUCUAGUUUUGAGCAAAUAUCCAUUCGAUUCAACUCUAGCUUAUGAACAUUUAUAUGUGCGAAUACGUUCUUCCGUGCAUCAUUCAUUUCCAAGAAAUCGCUCCUGAAGAAUUCAUUAAGGGAUCUUCAACGAAAGUUAUUUUCAAUGGGUGAGAAAGACAUAGAAAUGAAGCAAUCGUCGAUACAAAUGUCAAAAGAUGCGUCUAGCGAGAUAGAUUUAGAAGAAUUGGUCCAACUUGCCCUUAACGAAACAGGCUUUGGUAAAUUCAAUCUGAAGGUGAUGGCCCUUUGUAGUCUGAUUUAUCUGAACACAGCACUCAGUAUAAGCAGCAUCGGAUUUAUUCUUCCUUCCGCAGCAUGCGAUUUUCAAAUGAGCACGAUCGAAAAAGGGAACAUCAAUAUUAUAUUUUUAAUCGGAAUGGCUUGCGGCUGUUACUUUUGGGGUUGUUAUGCCGGAAUCAAAGGUAGAAUAAAAACUUUGACGAUCUCAUUGUUUCUUCAAGGAACGUUUGAAAUUUUCUGUAGCAUCGUCCCACACUAUGGAUUAUUCUUAUUAUUUAAAUUUCUCAGCGGAUUCUCGUUAAGCGGACAAAGCGGGACGCUCUUUGUUUAUUUAGGAGAAUGUCAACCAACAAAAUAUAAAGAGACAUUACUUUCUUGGUUGGAGAUGGCAUGGACAUUAGGUCUUACGGUGGCACCACUUAUCGGUUGGAUAAUUAUUCCAUUAAAGUUUGAUUUCGAUACGAAACCUUUCGUAUUUCACUCUUGGAAUCUAUUCGUUUUAAUAUGUUCCCUUCCGUCAUUAAUUAUCGGUUUUUGGACGUUACAUUUCACUGAAAGUCCCAAAUUUCUUGGCGAAAUUAUGCAAAUGUCGGAAUUGGCCGUGGUACUUGGAAAAAUAUAUUCCGAAAAUACUGGUAAUCCGGUGGAAAAAUAUUUCGAAAUACUCGCUAAAAGUGAAAAUCCUUUACAUAAAACUUUGAAAAUCAACAAUUAUGAAAAUUCGAAGGAGGAAAGUAAAAUGAAUAAUUUCCGUGCGAUUGUGCAUUCGAUGUAUACGCAAACGAUAUCUCUUUUUAAACCACUCCACAUUAUGAGAAGUCUUAACGUAUUCAUUCUCAUAUGCUGUAUUACGGCCUCGUACUAUACGCUGAUGCUUUGGUUUCCGGAAUUGUUUCAAAGAUUCGCCAAGUACGAAAUAAUGUAUCCAGAAAAAUUCGCUAGCGUAUGCAAGAUUUCGAAAAUAAAUCAACUUGGAAGCAAUAAUACAUUGGUGCUAAAACGUGACAUAUACGACUGCGAAAAUAAUAUUCACGAUAAUGUCUUUUCCCAUACAUUUCUCUUAGGACUCGCUUGUAUACCACUCAGUAUUAUUCUUCCGCUGACCGUUAAAUACACGGGUUAUAAAAUUUAUUUAAUAAUUUGCACAUUCCUCUGUACUAUAGUGACCAUAGGCUUUUUCUUUAUAAAAUCAUCGACACAAAAUCUUAUACUUUCUUGCAUCUUUGAAGCGUUAAUUUCUAUAUGCAUGAGUAUUAUCUUUUGCGUGAUCGUCGACCUUUUCCCUACCAAUAUAAGAAUGAUGGCAAUUGCUCUAGCUGCAUUUUGCGCACGUUUGGGAUCGUUUGUAGGAAAUUGGAUAUUUGGUUAUUUAAUAGACAAUUAUUGUUUAUCAUUGAUUCUCAUAGUAGCUACACAACUUUUCUUAAGCUUUAUACUCAGCUGUCUUACACCUGGAAGAUUUGGACAAGCAAAAGCAAUCAAAAACACAUAAUUCCAAAUAUUUCGAUAAAAUGUAUGUAUCGAAUCAUAUAUUUGUGUAAGAUGAAGAUGAAUUUGUUAGACAUGUAAUGUAUGAUAUGAGAUAAUUUUAUCUAACAUUAUAAUUUUUGCAUAUUUCCAUUGGAUGCUAUAUAUAUUAUUUUCAUUAAAUGUUCACUCUUUCUAGAUACUCGAGAUUAUCAAAUAAGAGUAAUUAGCUCGGCAAAUGUUAAUAUGUACACACUAACUGUACAUAUCUAUAUACAUACACACGCACACACACACACAUGUGAUAUUUCAGGUUAUACAUUUAGGCUCUAUUGCCGACGAAUGGUCGAAAAUGUCACGUAACUGAUGAUGUCAUUCUCUCUGAACAAACAGAACUUUACUCGUUAUACGUAAUCGCAAUUAUUUGACCUUGCGACGGCAUCGGAGAGUCUAAUUUUGUUUUAUCAUCUCCCUUAUUCAUACUAUAUGUCUAUCAUAUCCCUUGGUCAUACUAUACGCAGACUUUUUACAAGAUGUGACAAAUCAAUUCAUUCAUUCUCUUCGUUGGACUUUUAAGAUUCAUUCCUUCACUCAAUCGUUCAUUUCAUUCAGCUUCUUUUUAUUUAUUCGUCCUCACUUUUGUCAAUGCUCUUGAUUGGAAAAGUUGUCGAAUAGUAUGUAUUCUUUAAUUAACAUUAUCCGUUGUAUGUAAGUACACAAUUGAGAGAUAAUUCGUUCGGACUUUGUGUGCUAUUGGUGUGCUAUAAAGCAGAGCACUGGCGAUCUUUUAAAAGUGUUCUCUUUCUAUUCGUUUGGAAAGGUUUACGCUAUGAAUUCUCAUGGUAACAAUUUUUGUCUGAUUUAUCCAAAAUAUAAAAGAAAAAUGUUCAUCUUUAAAUUAUUACCUUACUUGAACACCUCGUGAGAUUCUUGAAAAGCAUUAUUUCCUUCGGUAAAAUCAUGUCCAAAAAUAGGUAAUCUUCAAGCGAGUAAAAACUCGUUUGGAAAAUCGGUAAUAAUGGUCCCAUGUGGAAAAUCUGUAUCUUUCGAAUGAAAUCGAACAAAAAUUUCAUCAAAAUCGGACAAAAGUCGCGACCAGGAGUAUUGAUAGGCGUAAACCCUAGCAACACGCUACAUGUAUUUCAUGCAAGCAUGUUCGCAUACAUCUGAUUUUUACUUUGAAGAAUUGAAUUGACGCUAUUAUGUUAUAAAUUUUAAACCUGCAAUAAAUAUAAUAAUAUGAAUAAAUUUAGUUAGACAUAGAUCCAUGAUUAUAAUCUAUCAGUCCUAGCUAUCAUUAUUCAAAAUAAUAAAAUUUAAUAAACGUUAUUUUCUUGUCACUUUCUUCUCCCCCUUUUACAGCUAAUGGAUACGUUUCUUUCGUUCUCCUGUUACUUCUUUUAGCCCAUUUUGGGCACAAUUAUCUUUUUAUAUUGUCUGUUAUUUUUGACCUGGCGUUCAUACCCAUUUCAUUGUUAAUGAAGCGAAAUAUGUUAUUCGAUUAUUUAAAUAUACAUAAUGUUAAAAUUUGUUAUUAUCUCAAACGAAUCCGCAUGUUUUCAUUCAUAAAAAUAGAAACUUAUUACUUGUUCUAUAAAUAUGGGCACACCGAUAUCGUAAUCGAAUAUUGAUAAUUUGAUAUUAGGACCCAAUGUGGACUUUUCUGACCCCACAUAUUAGUGAACCACGUUCAUGAGAUAACGAAUAAGCGCCGAAUCAUCGCCAAGUUUUUCAAAUGUCCAUAAGCAUAAUAAUCAUCUUAAAUGCAAAUUCGACGCGAAUACUCGAUAAAUUGGAGAUAAACGAGAAAUAAAACAGAAACCAAUGUUGGUGUAACAAUUAUUGCUAAAUAAAGGAAAGAAAUUAUCAGAAAACAACUUUCACGCAAAUACGGACGAUUGUAAAUCAUCCACGUAUUGCCAAAAUCAAAUCAUUUUUUAGCAAAAGCAAAAGAUUGCAAAAAGAUUGGGAUUUGCCAUAAAAUCAUUUAUCCAAAAAAAAAAAAAAAAAAAAGAAAGAAAAAAAGAAAAAAAGAAAAAAAGAAAAAAAGAAAAGAAAGCACUUUCAUUAUAUAUAGUUCUUCUUUCCAAAAUUGGGAAACUGUCUCGUCUGUACAAUUUUUCGAAAGUUCCACUUUAGUUUUUCCUCGAAAUCAAAUUGGUUUGACAUAACUUUUUAUCUUGUUUCGAAGAUAAAGAAGUGUAUAAUAUUUAAGAGUGUAUAAUUAAAAGUUAUAUUGAAAAUAUUAUCAAAAGAUCAAUAUAAUUAACUGGAACAAAAUUCAUUCUCGUGAAUGAGCAGUUUUAUCGAUCAGUUAAUUACAUAGCCUAAUGAUUAAUCCUAAUAUUUGUAAACACAGGAAUGGCUUGCGGCUGUUACUCAUUGGGAUUUGUUAUGCCGGACUCAAAGGUAGAAUAAAAACUUUGACGAUCUCAUUGUUUCUUCAAGGAACGUUUGAAGAUAACAAGCUCUUUGAGAAAAUCGAAACGGUCAUUGUUACGUUAGAACUGCUCUUAACGGAUUGAUAAUUAAAUCAUGUCAUUCUCAAAUCGAUUAAUUUCUUUCAUUUGAUUAAACAGUGAAAACGAUGAAAAUAUUUAUUAAUGAUUUUUAACUUCUUUCAAUGAAAAAGCGCAAGCGUAAAGUAAGAGUUAUAUCCUUCCGUAGGUUAAGCGGGCAAAGCUGGACGCCCUUUGUUUAUUUAGAAGAAUGUCAAUCAACAAAAUAUAAGGAGACAUUAUAGCUUUUUUGGCUGGAGAUGGCAUGGACACAAAGGUCUUACGGUGGCACCACGUAACAACGAUUUCAUUAUUUUACUUUACAUAUUCUUCAAAGUAUAUUUUAUUGUCCAAGUAUUUCAUUACUUUUUAAUCGGCAUAUAAUCGGCUGUUUAAUGAACUUAUUAAUAAAUAUGAUUUAUUAUUAAUUUUCAAUUAUCGAUUGGAUAAUCAUUCCAUUGAAAUUUGAUUUCGAUACGAAACCUUUCGUAUAUCACUCUUGGAUUCUGUGCGUUUUAAUAAGUUCCCCUUGCUUCAUUAAAAUUAUCUGUUUUUGAACGUUACAUUUCACUGAAAGUCCCAAAUUUCUUGCCGUAAUUAUGCAAAUGUCGGAAUUGGCCGUGGUACUUGGAAAAAUAUAUUCCGAAAAUAUAUUGAUAAUCCGAUGGAAAAAUAUUUCGUAAGUAUUCAUUAUCGUGCGCAUUCUUAAUCGAUAUUAUUAUUCUAAGAAAUGUCCUCGUGUCAAAUUUGAAGAGGAAAUACUCGCUAAAAGUGAAAAUCCUUUACAUAAGGCUUUGAAAAUCAAUAAUGAUGAAAAUUCGAAGGAGAAAAGUAAAAUGAAAAAAGAAAAAAAAAAAAAGAAAAAAAGGGUCGAUUGCUUUUCGAUGAGGAAAGGUUAGAUCGUUUACUAUCCGUUUUUUAUAUGCAACAAUGAUAAUAACAUAUUAUUGUUAAAAACGAUGAUAGAAUAGGAUCGCAUACUCACAUACCGUAUAAUAAAUCGAAAAGACUUUUAAUUAUUAUCUUUUAUAUCCCAUCCAUGACAUAUUCGCUCAGAAACAAAU